CACACAUGAAUAAUGCCAUUCCUUCCAUGUUUCGCCAGUGGGUCUGUUGACUGCCAAAACAAUCUUAUCGCCGGGUCUCUACUAACAAGUGGAUACAAGAGUGGCCAAACAAUUACAAAGCCAGUCGUGGUUACAUCCCUUUUUGGUAAGUGCAGUCAUGGGGGACUGAUGGAUGAUUCGCGUCUGCAAGUCCCGACAGGAGGGAUCAAUAAAGAAACCAGCGUCCCUGACCUCUCACCACAUUACCACCUGCACGGUCCCGCCGCACAGGCUGCAAUACAGGCAACAAUGAACUUUUUUGUUGCGCCAGGUUACGGGCUUCUAUCACAGAUCGGCUCAGACAAAUUCAAGCAGCUGCUAAACCUCGGUUCCGGAAACUCCUUGGUGUUUGUCAUCGACAUAUCAGGCAGCAUGAGCAAUGACUUAACAGCAGUUAAGCGGGAAACAGUUGAAAUUGUUAAUAGCAAUACUGGCGUCACUGCGCCGUACAACUACAUUCUGUCUACUUUUAGUGAUCCAGAGAUUGGCCCGGUGCGCACCACCAGGAACUCUGCUCAAAUGAUCAACUGGCUAAACGGGUUAUCGGUGUCAGGUGGAGGAGACUGUCCGGAAUACUGCUUCAGUGGAAUCGAACUUGCUCUCAGACAGUGUCUGCCUGAGUCAAAAGUGUACGUCUUUACGGACGCUGAUCCGAAAGAUCCAGAAAAAUAUGAUUCCGUUGUAUCAUUGGUAACUGAAAAAAGGACAAUUAUCAACUUUCUCCUGACAGGCGAGUGUAGCAGACGCCAGGGGCAAGAAGAAAGUGCUCCUCAACCCAAAGGUGGCGAUCACACAAAAAGCUUUAGCGAUCUGUUUGGGCAACUUGCACAGGUUUCAGGUGGAUCUGUCUACGAAGGUGACAAGGACGAGAUAGACGAAUUGACCGAAGUCAUCAAUGUAGCCGUAUCCAACUCCGCGCCGGUGGUUCUCACAAAAGCCACAUUGUCACCUGGAAGUGGACGAGUCGUGCCCAUACAGAUUGACAGCACCCUCCAGGAGUUCGUCAUCUCUCUAGUUGGCAGCAUUUCCGCCCCUCGUGUCACUGUAGAAACACCUUCAGGAUCUACACAAGCAUUUGGUACCGCUGACGCAGAAAUCGCUGUAAACGUGGGUAACAACCACGUCUAUCGUCUCAACAGUCCACAGCCGGGUUCAUGGAAGCUCAGGUUUAUCGACACUCAACAGUAUAUGCUGGAGGUGACAGGAAAGAGCACUGUUGACUUUACCUACCAGUUCGUGAAGAAGGGGAGUAACGGCAUUGUUCUUCCAAUCGAAGGCAGACCCGUGGCAGGUGUGAACACAUCUAUCAUAGCAGAAGUUCUUGGCUCAGAGAAUAUUCGAGAGCUCAACAGACUUGCACUCGUGAAUGGAGAAGGGCAGGAGUUGGUAUCUUCCGCACUCGUCUCACUGGGAGGAAUACUAGGAACCAAGUAUUCUACUGCCCUUGUCCUUCCCUCCACGGAAUUCCGAAUGAAGGUUGAAGGGAUGGAUGUGAACAAUAGCACUUUCCAGCGUGUGCAGUCAAUUUUCAUCAACCCACAAAGCUUCGAGUUAUCUCGUGAAGGCCAAAAAGAACAACUCUAUGCAGGCAGCACAGCUGAUGUUCAUUUCCGGAUUGUGAACCAUGGAAGCAGGGCCACAUUUACUGCAACAGCAACGGAUGAUGUAUCUAUGGUGCAAUCUGUGUCAUUCAGCACGAUAACGUUAGAUGCAAAUGCAAACUCUACCGGCUACAUUCGUUUUAGGGCUCCAAGUGGGGCAGCAGUUGGAACCACAAGUACUGCAACUCUGUCUGUGUCAGGCUCAGGCGGCAUGUCAAAUUCAAUUGUAGUCAGGAUGACUGUAGAGCCUCGCAUUGUUGUGACUGUAGACACAGUUGACCCAACUUGCAUAAUCAGGACAGCUACCGGUAACUGCACCCUAGAGCAGCAGCAUUCUUCCACAUGCCACCUCCACCAGUGGUCCUUAGAUGUGGAGGUCAGGGACGAAGACUCUGGGGUCUACAGUCUUACUGCAUCACCUGGUGGGAAUGGAACUUCUUUCACUCAUGACAGCUUCACCCCAGGCGCUGCUGGCACAACCAUCGCUGCUACGUAUACUUCUAAUUGCUGUAAACCACGUGGGUCGAUCACAGUGUCUGAUAAAUCAGGGAAUGCUGUACAGUGUGCCGCUGAUUACUACAUCCCAACAACGGCACCUCCACCAACAACGCCUACUCCAAGUACAACGCCCAUCCCGUCAACUACACCAAAAAUCACCACGACAGAACCAACAACCACCACUCUUGAACUGGCAACAACAGAAGAACCAACCACACCACUACAGCAGACCACUGCCGAUUCUUUCACCACGGAUACAAUGUAUUCAACAGAGGAGCAAACCACCCCUGCCAUACAGAUCACAUCUGACGGGGUUGUAUCGAGUUCAACAACAGCCGCACUUGUGGCAUGUGGAACUGUUGCUGCUGUCGCUGUGACAGCCAUCAGUGCCGCCUACUUCUGCAAGAGGAAGCCAUCUGUGAAACCAUACAGAGUUCAGCAUUAG